AUGUCUGCAACAUCGUUUGAUGAUCUUCCUCCUGAAACAAUCAUCAAAAUCCUCUUAAGACUGCCUGUGAAAGACCUUGUGAGGUCAACUUCAGCCAACAAAACAUGGUACUCUCUUAUUAACGACCCCACGUUCAUUUCUUCUCAAAUCUCUCGUUCUAUUUGUCAUUCUCAUGACAAUGCUUUGCUUGUUAUCCCUCCUUCCACCUCUCUCCAAAAGGACUGCUCUUUAUUCUCUGCCGAAACUUCCAGUACCCUUAUCGAAAAAUUCGAUAUUCCUUUUGAGACCAAGACUCGUAUUUUCAAAUUAAUUGCUCAGGUUCAUGGAAUGCUUUUAAUUACUGAUUUACAAACUGAUUAUGCUUCGAGGGAUUUGUAUCUUUGGAAUCCUCAUGUUAAGCGACAUAGAGGGGAGCUGUUGGGUGAUGUAGCUCCUAAGGUUGAAAUUUUUAGCCUGACGGAGAACGUAUGGAGGAAGAUUAAAAACCCUGGAGUUCCACGACUAGAUAUUGAAGAUGGGGUUUUCGUUGAUGGUUGUUAUUACUGGUUGGAAAGGAACUAUGCCGUAGGUGACGACACCAGUACUUGUCAUGGUCACAAACUGAGGAUAAUGUCCUUCGAUUUUCAUUCUGAGCUGUUUGGGAUAUUUAACCUCCCCGAUGAUCUUUCCCAAAUUUUGGCAAGAAAUCCCAUAAAUAAGCUUAUGCGGUUUGAGGAUUCACUUGCUCUUUGUGUUCUAGACGAACCACUAAAUAAGGGGGACUCUGGUCUUCCUUAUUGUAUAUGGUUGAUGAGACAAGAAAAUGGUGUGGUCACCUGGACUCUGCGUUUUAGAUAUGUACUUGAAGAGUGUGGGUAUCCUUUAGCCAUUACCAAGAACGGGACCCUAGUAAUAGAGUUAUUUUGCUCAAAGAACCCCGGUUUGGCAAGCAUAGUCUUUCAUAACCAGAGCAUGAUUCAUCAAGAUCAUGGAUUUGGUGAAUGUAUGGGUCCAGUAGAGAUUUCAACAUCGGUUUUUAAUCUUUCUACUGUCGACACUUCCUUUCGAGAGAGUUUAAUCUUGUAUGAGGGAGGAAAAUCGCUGCUGAAAUAUGCAAAGUACUAG